GUUCCUAGCGUAGCGUGUUUGUGUGUGAGAGUGCGCGCGCGUGGGGUGGCGGCGCCCUUCCCUUUUGGGGCGCUGCUGCUUUGGGAUACCGAGCUUCUCGGCGGCUCCCCUUAGUGCCUUACCCUCGAAGGGGCCGGGAGGUAUUGGACGGGGCGAGCUCCGAGCUCGAGGAGGCCUGGCGAGCUGCCCCGGGUGGCGGAAGCUUUGCUGAGGGAAGAGUGGAAGUCGCCCGCCGUCUUUCGGGGGCUCACCCGAGCGCGGGGAGCCAUUUUGAGGAAAUCCUUACGGGGUCAGGCAUCGAUCCGCGUGAAGCCCUUGGCUGAAAGCGGAGCUUCUUAUCGAUAUACAGUAUAUAUAUAUGUAUACAGUAUAUAUUAUAAUCAGCGCCAGGUGUGAGGGAGCUCUCCAGCAAGCUGACCACACGUACAUCCGUGGAGAUGUCUCUAGGGCUAGGAGUAGGAACACCAGAUACGGAAAAGCAGCGAAACGAGGUUCCCUCGUGUGUGGGAGAAAACCUGGGGGUUUCUGCCAUCAGUUUAGGUAUUUAGCUGUAGGCCCUCUUUCUUCUCAGGUUCUGCCAUCCCUCUGUAUUGGAUGCCACUUGAGUUGCCUUCUUGAAGCUCCCUAUUCAUCUUUGCUUAAAGUUGCAUACAAAAAUCCCAGUCUCUCUAUGGUAUUUUGGGCAUAAAGAGGACCUACUACUCCAACACCUGAACAAGAAUAAUUGGGCAGUGUGCCUUCUUUGGACGCACUAUCCUUCAAAUUGUUUCAUUGCAGGAAUGGAGUGUUAUAGGUGGUUGUCAUUUUCCCUAAAUGAAGUUGCUUGUGCCUGUGUGUAAAAAAAAGGAUUAAAUACUCUGCGACUAUUUCAACAAGUGUGUUCUUAUUUAUAUUGUAUUGUUCAGUACUGGAUUAAGUAUUAUUUUCAAUGCUUGAAUUCAAUUUAUAUGGGUAGCAUUUCAUCCAAGCAUACAAAAGUAAUUGUAGGUGAACCACAGGGAGCUGAACUGACUUGCCAUCUGUUCAAGAACUAUAAGUAAAAAGCAGGUGUGCACAUUGCUAGUCAAUGUGCCAAUUAUUGGACCUCAUCCAUAUUUUGAAUUUUACUGGCAUCUCCAUAAUAACCACUUGAGCCCUCUGAAAAGUUGCUUCUGAAGGGGGUAGGAAUCUCCUUUAGAAAUGCUCUCUGCUCUUUGACAAAGCUCUUCAGAUCCAGGGUUUAAACAAGUUUAUUUUUACAUAUGUUUAUAUCAUCUCAACCUAAAUGGCCUCGGUCCAGUAUACCUGAAGGAGCGUCUCCACCCCCAUCGUUCUGCCCGGACACUGAGGUCCAGCUCCGAGGGCCUUUUCUGGUGGUUUCCUCACUAUGAGAAGCCAAGUUACAGGGAACCAGGCAGAGGGCCUUCUCGGUAGGGGCACCCACCCUGUGGAAUGCCCUCCCACUAGAGGUCAAAGAGAACAACAAUUACCAGACCUUUAGAAGGCAUCUCAAGGCAGCCCUGUUUAGGGAAGCUUUUAAUGUUUGAUGGAUUUCUGUAUUUUAGUGUUUUGUUGGAAGCCGCCCAGAAUGGCUGGGGGAACCCGGCCAGAUGGGCGGGGUAUAAAUAAUAUAUUAUUAUUAUUAUUAUUAUUAUUAUUGCUUACAGGAAUAGCUUAUUAGGAGAUGGACUGUUAGCACAUCAUAAUUCAUGAAAAUAUUCUAUUGGUUUCUUGUUUUAAUUUUUUUAGGCUGCCUUUCAGGAUGAAGUCCUGUCUAGGAGGCUACAAAUAUUAAAUAAUAAAAUAUUUUCAGUAACAUAACCUCGUUUAAAAAAAUACAAAUUGCAAAUAUCAGAAAUGACCAUUUGAACCAGAACAAAAAUUAACACUGAUCAGUAAGGUUAAUAAUAAACCAAUAAGCAUGUUCAAAAAGAUCAUCUAGUCAAAAGUCAUACAAAAUAAGUAAGACUUUAGUCCUCUUGGAGACCAGAAUGGGGCUAACUGUAAAUCCCUUGGGAGGAAGUUUCACAGAAUAGAUUAAUUGGGGUUGCCUUGCGAACUUUUUUGGGACGGGGCACAUUUGGAAUUUUGAGAAGAUGCCACUGGUGCCAGCCACAAAAUGGAUGCUAUGAGGCCAUGGCAUAAUACAAAAUGGCUGGCAUAUAAAAAAACCCAGAAAAAGACAGGACCGCUAAUCAUGCUGAGAAACACUUUCUCCAACAUUCUCUGUUCAGAAUGGAUGGGAAGACAGUUGUGCAGUCCUGGCAUCCAAUGAAAUAUGGGCAUGUUUCAGGGUGUGUUUAGGAGAGGCUCAGCCAGUGUACCUGAGCAUGAAGAGCAAACAUUUUUUUUGUGCUUUUUGUGGAUUUUUGAGUGGAUAUUUACAGAUACCUUUUGUGGGCACCAUAGGAGAUACUGGAAGGUGUGAUGAUGCCUUUGGGCAUCAUGUAGGAUACCUACUGCAGGGCCAUGACAGAGAAAGCCCUAGUGCCUGUCAGUAAUGGAUCUUAAUAGUAGUCAGUUGAUCUUUGGACACAAUCAGGUUCAAGUGGGGGUAAUCAAUCCUUCAAGUAGCCCAACUUAAAGUGGCUGUCAAAAUGAGCAUUUUAAAAUGUAUUGUUUAACUUCUGUUUGCUUACUACCUACUAAACAGGUUUUCAUUGAAUAUUAUAAAAUGGGGUUAUGUACUAAGGCAGAGCUUUCUAAACACUGUGUCAUGACAUGUUAGUGUGCCGUGUGCGAACACUUCCCGCGCUCCUCCUGGGGAAGGAAAGGGGUUAGUUUAACAUCUAGUAUGCUAGUAAAACUGAAUUACUGUGUCGCUGAAUGAUGCAUGUCUAAAAAGUGUGUCACCAACAUGAAAAGUUUGGAAAGCUGUGUACAGUACUAAGGAAUACAGUAUGUGACUUUAGGAACAAACUUCCCACAGUCUAUGGCACAGCUUUGCUGAGAGUCCAGUCUAACUAAAUACUGCUGCAAAAAACUAAAAAUGUUGAGUGGUAGCUGAAGCAGAGAUAGAAAAGUUUUUUUCACUUUUUAUGGGAAAAAAGAUUUUUAAAAAAUAAAUAUAUAUGUAGCUGUUUGGGAGUGUUAAAAACAAACAAACCUGUGUUGCAAGCCAAGCUUUAAAUCUUCUAAUUGAAAUCUAAAUGGGAGUCAUAUUGACAGUAUGUAUUACAUUAGAUUAAAAUUUAGUUAUUAAACGUUUAUUAAUAUUUUUAAAUGGUUUUGCUAGAGCUAGUCUUCAUUACUCCUACUUGUAUAUCAUAAUGUGCCAAGUGUUUUAUAGCCUUUGGUCACAAUCCAACACACUGUUGACCAUUCCUAAGCCUACUGAAUGUAGUUGCCUUAGGUAUGCUUAGCUCCAUCUUUGUGCAUGGUCUUUUUCUUGCUUGUCCUCACCAUUCUUGGAGGGCAAUUAAGGGGGUUGUUCCAUUUUAUAAUAAUGGAACUGAUGCCGAGAAAUAGCUUUUUGCUGUCAAGCUACAUGUGAAUCUGGCUGAAUAAGAAUAAAACACAUCCUGAAUAUCAUUGUUUAUGUUACGGUAGCCCAUGUGUUCCUGUUAGUUUUUCAAUGUUGGCAUUUUUAAAACGUUGGCAUUAUUAUUCUAUAUAUCCACGGUAAAGCUGGAGGGAACUUUAAAUACGUGAUGGCAACACCUCCUGGUGUAAUUUCAAUACACUAAACAAUAAUGCCUCUGUGUUACAAGUUUGCUGUGGAGAAGCAGGACUAAUUGAGAGAUGCUGCAUGUUCCUUUGGAUGCUCUUUGUUUGAAAGUUCCAGCCUUGAAUUUCUGGUUGAAUUGACUUCAUUGAAUGAUCCCUGUGUUGUGCUGUUGAUGUUGUCUCCCUAGUUCAAAUAGGCUCCGGGGACAUUGCUCAUUAAUGUGCUAAUUUAGAAUUAAUUCCAUGCUAGUCUAGGGCCCGAUUAGGCAUUAUGUCAAUUGCAUGAAUGCAAUUAAUGUGCAUAUUUUUAAUAUAUAAAUAACUGAAGGAGAGGUGGUAAGCAGCAAUUGGACCACAGGGGUGGCAGUGAGUAGUUUACUAAAGUUUCAAACUGCACCAGCUGAUAAUGACACUUUGAACACAACAAAAUGUUAGUGUGUUGUAGCUUUCAAUGGUGCCAGACUAGCAGCUAUGUCAGCUUUGAGGAUUUUCCAUACCACUAUCCCCACCCAGCAUUCUAUGGAUAGUGGGCAUAUUCAGCCCUUAUGCAACUGUGUUUUUUUUUAUAUUUCUCCCAUUUAGAGGCUUCUCUUUUAGCAAAGCUUGUACAUCUGCAAACUUUGAGCUUUACCUGAGUCUGCUGAUCGCUCCCUCUUGUGCAGGGGUUUUGGCUUCAAGAAGAUUCAUUAUUGGACCACUGUUAGUUUAUUCAAAUUGGUCCCCACACAACAAGAUGUUGCCAUGCAUCCCUGAUUGUGUGUGUUUCCUGAGCUUGUUCCUUUGAAGAAGCAAAAGUUAGCAUCGUAUGUGGGUGCUAUGCUUUUAGUUAUAGUGCUUUUUAGCUUAGUGCUUAGGAGGUCUUAUUGAACAAUUUGGGAUGGGACCUGGGAGCUCUUGGGAGGGGGAUAAUCCCAAAUCAAGUGGGGGGUCCACCUAAUUUUGGAAGAUUUCCCCAUUAUGCACGAGCCCACCAUAUCUCAAAAGGGACCCUAAGGCGUUAAGGGUGCAGAACCCCUUAUGGUAUCCUGCUUGGAUAUAUAACUGGUCAGUGAUCAGCUUCUGUAAUUGAAGCUUAAGGAGGUAGACAGGAUGCUUGAAAGCACGUGUGGUCUUCUCUGUGGCAGGAGGAGUUAUCAUUGAAUCAGAAUGGUAGAGUUGGAAGUGAACCCUGAGGGUCAUCCAGUCUGACCCCCUGCAAUGAAGGAAUCUCAACUAUAUGAUACAUGAUGACAGAUGGUCACCCAACCUCUGCUUAAAGCAGCAUUGACUGAACAAGUCCAAGAAGUAUUGCAUGCUUCUGAGAGGAGGCAGUCCGGGUUGACUUGAAGGUGAUGGCUGUGUUACUACUCUUUAAGAAAGCCACACUGUACCAUGAGAAUUGUAACUUGUCUUGUUCAAGAAGGGGAUAUUUGCAUCUGAACAAGAUGUCACAGUUUUAACUGUCAAAAUUCAAGGCCAUGUGCUGUUACUCUGUUGCAAGCCUGUUUAGUAAGCAGCUGCUUGGUGACAUGUCUGAAAGAUUGGGGGUGGGGGGUCAGAGAAGAUGAGUCUGGAUCAGGUAGAUUCCGUUUGAUUGGUGUGGCAAAUGACAGUCUCUGAUUGGCUGGAGGUUCUAGUCAGUGAAGAAAGGGCGGUUAACUGUCACUGUGGAGAAAUAACAUCAUUUGAAAAAAUCAGUUGAUGGAGGUUUGAAGUAAAGGCCAGCAGAGAAAGGUGGCGUUGGAUAGAGGUGAAGUUGGAUAGCCGAAGCUUGAAUAUUAUGUUGUUCCUUCUUGGUGUGAUAACUAUAUUUUGCUGGUGAAGAUCAGAAGAAGUGAGCUGGUGUUGGGCAAAAAAUGUUUCUUACUGAAAAGUUUCCAUAAGUUUUUGAAAGCAGCUAAACCAGGCAUCCCCAAACUUCGGCCCUCCAGAUGUUUUGGACUACAAUUCCCAUCUUCCCCGACCACUGGUCCUGUUAGCUAGGGAUCAUGGGAGUUGUAGGCCAAAACAUCUGGAGGGCCGCAGUUUGGGGAUGCCUGAGUUAAACUGUCCAAGCAGUCAGAAGUACAGCUGGGGCUUUGGUGCCAGAGGCAGAUUGUACCCAGUAGCUGAAGUGGGUUGUAAAAUAUUUUUUCUGGAGGUAAAAUCCUAUUGGAGGCUACUAUCAGCAAUACAGUAAUGUCUCUUGAGUCCUUAGAAAUUUAUAAAGUACAUGAAAGACUCCAAAAUUUCCUUUUACAAAAUUUCUCUUUAAUAAUUUUAGUUAAUGGUUCAUUCUUUCUUCCGUGUUGGUGCCAGUCUCAUGCUUAAGCCUAUUAUAUCCACAAUGAGGUUUUAAAAGCAUUCUAAGAGAAUGGGUCGCAGAGGAAAGGGAUCACAUUGAAGAUCUCUGAGUUAUUGUUGCAGGGAGUUCCAUAGACACUGAAAGAUACAAAUUAAAGAAGCACAAAUAUCUAAACUUGUGUUAAUAAAAAGUGGGAAAUCCUUUCCUAUAUGGUUUUAUUUCUGCUUUUGAAUAUUGCUGUUCUCAGUGGCGGAUAGUAAGCUCAUUAUGAUCCAGUCAAUGUUUAAAUUCCAGAUAAAGUUAUAAAAAUCUGAAAUACUGGAGAUGGCUGUUCACAACAUAAUCUAGCAUCUGGCUUAGAUGCUGAUGUACUGUAACAUUCAGCCUACUUCCAUAGACGAAAAUUUGGAAAUGCCACUAAUAAAGUACAUUUAAAUCUCACUUCAUUGGAAAUAGCUCCUUACUGAGCAUACAGGAAUUUAAAAUACUGUAUUUUGCCUGGGUUGUGUACAAAAUGUGAAGCAUGUUGAUCUUCAGUAGUGAUUUUAUGAGGUAUUUAAUUUUGCUUAUAAUGGGAUUGCAUAGUCACCUGUCAUCUCUGAUUACUAAAUGUUGCAGUUUCAAUUUUGACAUUUGAACAGGUAGUUUGGUUUUGAGAAGCACUCUACAGUUUAUUGGCUUCAAAUAUUUUGAAUAAUUUUGAAAAUCUAUUUUGGUUAAAUUAGAGAUUUGUGAUUUGAGGGCUAGAACUUUCAAGUGAGCAUGAUUGUUCACACGUUCUUGGUUGUUUUAACAACUCUGGUAUUAAAAUGAACCUAGGCAAUUUUUUGGAGUUUGCUCCCAGUUUUCUAGCUAUAGUACUAUUAUAUAGGGUUAUGCUAGAGGAAACAUGGAAUACUUGCUGGGAAAGUAAAUUGGUAUCUUAAUGCUGACUUGUACUUACCGUACAUUUUGUGGUGGAGUGAGACUACCAAUAUUAUAUCCACUUGCAUAGAUGCUUUGAAUAUAUUUUUUGUAAUAUGUUUAUAAUGCACAUUUGUACUUGUUUUUAGUACAAUUUGUACUUGUUCCAUGAGCUUGAGCAGGACUUUAGACUUAUUUUUCUUCAACAGCAGUCCCCAGUGCUAUGCAACAAACUUCCUUUGAAACUGAGUGGCAUUUCAAAAACAUUUUGUUACUUGGCAUGGGAAUUAGCCAUUGAAAGAGGGUCAAAUAAAAAAAUUCACUGGGCUAACACAAACUAGUUUCCUGGACCUAGCCUUCUGAGAGCUAAAACAUUGAUUGUAUUGUAACAUUUUCUUCUUCCAACUGUUUGAAUGUAACUGAAUGCAACAACUCCAACUAGAUCAGCUUAUUGUUUAGUGGUUUUUAGACUUUGUUGUUACAUGGAUCACUUGAAAAUUGCUGGGGAUUUCAGUGUAUCACCUACUAAACUUAUUUUUUCAACAAAUCAAAGCACACACAACUCAUAUUUUAAUAUUUUUUGUGAUUGUCAAAACCAACACUGUGGGUGGUAUUUAAGUUUUAUUCAGAAUAAACCUGUUGAAGUUGAUGAAUGUGACUAAGUUAGGACCAUUAAUUACAAUGGGCCCGCUCUGAGUACAAAUUAGUUGAAUACCACUAUUUAUUAAGAAAAUCCUGUCAAAGCCACAAAUAAAGGCACUUUUAACUGGUAAAUUCUGAGGAAAUAUUUUGAAAAUAAUUAGCCUCAAGCUAAAGCCUUGUUUAGUAAUUGACCCCGAUCAAUAUUACCUCUAUUUCUGUCAAGGGAAAAAUAAUAAAGUAGAGGACCAACUAGAAUCUCUCAACUGUUUCACAAUCUUUCUUCAUAAACUAUUUGACAACCUUUGCUGUAUAGUUCAAAAACUAGUAAUUAGCAUCAUGCCCACAUGCUUGCUCCUAUCUCAUACAUCAGGUUUGGAAAUUGUAUUGUGGUUUAAACCACAAUGUCUGAAAUAUUUAAUCCUGGACUCACAGCUGUGAUACGAAACUGGAAUGUAAUGGGAAAGAUUAGUCUAAACAGACCACAAUAUAAGCACUAGUGUCAGUGAGAGUGUAGCAUGACACUUAUUCCUGGCUUAAUAUAUGCUGCCAAAAUGAUGAGCUCUUCUCUGUCACCAGUCAGAAUUAUAUUUGUUUAUUCUACUAGUAGCAGAAUUGUUCUUCUGUUGAUUUCUGAACCACUUUUUUUUUUAUACUGUGCAUGCUUCUCCAUUGCAUGAUGCACAAAUAUGAAAAUCACCUGGGAAAUGCUAAAGAGUUCUGUGUUUGUUGAACUCUAGCUGUAAGAUCAGCACUAGCAGCAGGAACACCUGGGAGUCUGGAGAGGAACAUAACAUUGCUACUCCAGCACUUCCUUUCUGCUGCUACCAGCCUCAUCUGGAGGACAAAUGAGGAAGCCAACUGUGAACCAUCUGGCUUAGUUAGAAGAUCCUUCUCCCUCAGAACAGUUUUAAGCCUGGUUACUACGAUUUAGAACUAGCAGCAUCAAUUAGAUUUUAUCGCCCUGUUGGAUUUUGUUUCAUUUUAUUUCACAUCUGACUGGCAUGGUUCAUCUGUAAAGAAAAUGAUUAUCUUGAAAAUAAGCAAAACAAUCAGCAAGUUUCCUAAUAAGUGAAAUAACCAUAAUGUGAUUUAAAUACAUUUUGAGUCAGUUGUAAACUCAGUUGUAGGCUGCUUUUCAGGGUAACAUGUCAAGCUGAAUCUAAACCUGCAUCCUUGAAAUUAAAUAUAAUUGAAAUUGGUGGGUUUUUUUUCAGAAUAAGCAUGUCUAGAAUUCAACUAGAAUUGAAACUGUGUCACAAGUAAAGCAAAUGAUAAAACGGUAUCUGUACUGUAUUUGGCAUCUUGAACUAGAACUGAAGUAUGGACCAAGAAAUUCUCUUAAAUGAUUACUUAUAUUUAGUUAUGAAGAAAAAGGGCAUGUGUGCAUAGUUGUGUGUGCUAUUCACAAUGAGCGGUUUAUGUAUUUUUGAAAACAAAAUAUAAGAUGAAAAUUGACCUAUAAAACACACACACCCUAUUUGCAUUAUUUGUUUAUGAUUGCUCAGCAGAGUUACACUUCUUUUUUCCUUGGCUGUGGAUUGUUGUGAUGAUAAAAACAUAGUUUGAAACAAUAGCAUAUUUUGUUCCCUUUGCAGAAAUACAACAGAUUGAGCCACAAAUACAGCCCAUCAUCUUAUUUCUGAACAUUUAAGUGGUAUCUGACAAGGAGCUUCUUUUUUGUUACUAAAGAAGACUACUGCAACAAGAACAUACAAUUUAUUAACUCCAAUUUGUUAAUACACUAACUGGGACUUUGUCGUAAAGCACUUCCUCAUAACCUACUGGCUGUCCUGCAUGCAACGUACUAGCUAUUGUCUUUCCUACUCAUCAUGCAACUCAGUGGAAGAAAAUAUUUUGUUAAACAUGUGUGAAGGUCAUUCAUUUCAUGUUCGUUACAGAAUGGAAGCUUCUUGCCUGGAGCUUGCCUUGGAAGGGGAGCGGUUGUGUAAAGCAGGGGAUUGUCGAGCUGGUGUCUCUUUCUUUGAAGCAGCAGUUCAGGUUGGAACAGAAGACUUGAAAACCCUCAGUGCAAUUUACAGCCAGCUGGGCAAUGCCUAUUUCUACUUGCAUGAAUACACAAAAGCUUUGGAGUAUCACCACCAUGAUUUAACCCUUGCAAGGACCAUUGGGGACCAGUUAGGAGAAGCUAAAGCAAGUGGAAACUUGGGAAAUACCUUAAAGGUCCUUGGAAAUUAUGAAGAAGCAAUUGUCCGCUGUCAGAGGCACCUCGACAUUUCUAGAGAGCUAAGAGACAAGGUUGGAGAAGCAAGAGCACUUUAUAACCUUGGAAAUGUAUAUCACUCCAAGGGUAAAAGUGUAGCCUGUGCAGGUACCCAUGAUCCAGGAGAGUUUCCAGAUGAUGUUAAAGCUGCAUUGCGGAAAGCUGCAGAUUAUUAUGAGGAGAACUUGACAAUAGUGACAGAGCUGGGUGAUAGGGCAGCCCAGGGACGUGCCUAUGGAAACCUGGGGAAUACUCAUUAUCUUCUGGGCAACUUCAGGAGUGCCGUCACUGCCCAUGAGCAGCGCCUUUUAAUUGCAAAAGAAUUUGGUGAUAGAGCUGCUGAAAGAAGAGCCUACAGCAAUCUUGGAAAUGCUUAUAUUUUCCUUGGAGAAUUUGAAACUGCUGCCGAAUACUACAAAAAAACACUGCAGCUCGCCAGACAGCUUACAGACCGGGCUGUAGAAGCACAAGCUUGCUACAGCCUUGGGAAUACAUAUACUUUACUUCAAGACUAUGAAAAGGCUAUCGAUUAUCAUCUGAAACACUUGGCAAUUGCUGAAGAACUGAAUGAUAGAAUUGGUGAAGGAAGAGCGUGCUGGAGUUUGGGGAAUGCAUACACAGCCCUGGGGAACCAUGAACAAGCUAUGCACUAUGCUGAAAAGCAUUUAGACAUUUCGAGAGAGGUGGGAGAUAAAACUGGAGAACUAACAGCUAAACUUAACCUCUCAGAUCUACAAAUGGUGCUUGGCCUAAGUUUCAGCACAAACAGUUCAAUGAUGACAGAAAAUCAAAUUCUAGAUCAUAGCGUGAAUGGUGCAAGACCCCGAGUAGGUCGUCGCCAUAGUAUGGAAAACAUGGAACUUAUGAAGCUUACUCCUGAAAAGGUUCAGGACUGGAACAGUGAAAUUCUGGCCAAACAGAAACCACUAGUUCCUAAACCUUCAGCAAAACUACACUUUGUAAAUCGAUUAAAAGGCAAAAAAUACAAAAACAUCACAUCUUCUAAAGUGCUUCAGGAUGCUAGUAAUUCUAUUGACCACCAACUAAGUUCACAGAAGAACAGCCCUGAUGUGCCUGGAGAUGAAGGGUUCUUUGACUUGCUAAGUCGAUUUCAGAGCAACAGAAUGGAUGAUCAACGGUACUGUUUCCAGGACAGGAACAGACUGGCAGUGACAGCUUCUUCUGCACCAUCAAGAACAUUGAAAAAAUCCUUUUCUACGUCCAUGGUCUCACCUCACACUGAUGAAUUUCUAGAUCUUCUUGCUAGCUCUCAAAGUAGACGUCUAGAUGAUCAGCGAGCCAAUGCCAGUGAUUUACCAGGACUUCGUCUUAAUCAGUGCAACAGUCAAUCGGUCCUUGGCCGCUUGAUGGCCAGUAGCAAUAGUGAACCAGAUGAUGACUUCUUUGACAUUUUGAUAAAAUAUCAGGGCUCUAGACUAGAUGAUCAGAGAUGUGCACCACCACCAAUCAACACAAAAGGACCAACUGUACCUGAUGAAGAUUUCUUUAGCCUUAUUUUGAGAUCCCAAGGGAAGAGAAUGGAUGAACAGAGAGUCUUUCUACCCUCUGAUUUGAAGAGGGCAAAUUCUAAUUAAUGGACUUCUUCAAAAGCACACCGAAGAGAAACAGAUGAAUUUGUAAUACUGGAA